AUGAUUCGUUUUGCUCUCUCCUUUGGGUUACUGUUUGCCGCUUCUGCGGUAGCUUCUCCUCUAUCAUCGGCAGCUCGAGAGACAGCCGCCGAGCAAUGCCACGGUAUAUCUGGGCCGUUUUUACCGCCCUCAUUUCCUGAUCCAUCCAUCAUUCAUGUCGGUAACAACUGGUACUCCUUCGGUACCUCUAAUGGGCAGGAUGUCCAAGGAGCAAGCUCUACAAAGCUCCAGGGGGAGUGGGAAAGAUUCGACGGUCCAAUCUUGGCAAUUGACGAAGCUGAGUGGGUGGGAAAACAGGCUACUUACGGCAUAUGGGCUCCAGAUGUUUACCAGAGAGGCUCUGACAAGAAAUUUAUCAUGUACUUCUCGGCAUUCGAUAAAGAAAAAAAGGACCACCGAUGUAUCGGGGCUGCUAUCAGCGACGAUAUAAAGGGCGUGUACCAUCCCGAGAGUGAUUUUGUACAGUGCAACCGAACCGCCUCCGGGGCCAUUGACCCCUCGUGGUUUAAAGACGACAACGGCAAGCAGUAUGUCGUCUACAAGACAGAAAUCCCCCAGAAUUGGCUAGAGAUUCGAGAAGUGAACAAUUCUGGACCCAAAGAAGGCGUCGAGUGGGCUGGCAACGCACAAAAGCUUCUUCAAAUGGGCAGCCAAGGCUUUGACGAUGGUGGCAACAUGGAGGCUCCGUACAUCUUCAAGCGCGGCGAUACCUACUUUUUGACUUACAGUACCCAUGUCACCAUGAAUGAGAGCUACGAUGUUCAAUAUGCGACGGCAAAAAGCGUGACGGGGCCCUAUACCAGGGUUAAGAAACCGCUGCUAGAGACUACGAAUGAUUUCGGCUGCAAGCUUAUUGGCCCUGGUGGAGCAAGCUUUCAACAGGACUCUGGGGAUCAAAAAUCCACGAAGAUGAUAUUGCAUGGUCUGACGGAAGCGAUGGAUAUUAACAAGCGUGUGGUCUACACUGCAACUGUACAGGUCGACGGCGAUAGACUUUCUGUUGGUUCGGAUUAG